UUUGUGUGUGGGAAGCUCCCAGAAGCAUCGACCCCGCAAGUCUCAAGAUGAUAUAGAUCGGUCCUUCCCUGAGCCUCUGUGGCCUAACGAGGGACCUGAAAUCGGACUGAGAGGAGGACGCUUGCACUUUAGCCAGGAACUCAGUUUCCGUGGCAACCAGCUGGAAGCUUGGCCUCUGACAGCCCGGGCAUCUCUAUGGUUUCUGUGUCCUAGAAGGACCGAAGUGCACUUCCGGGAAGAUGGCGACGCCCACGCCGGGCGUGACACGUGCUUCCACGGAGAGGAUCGCGCACUGAAGGAUGGUACCACGUCUUCCUGGUGAGAAUCUGAGGACAAAGACUCUGCCCACCAUGAGUGUCACCCCAAAGGUCAAGAGUCGCGGGAUGAAGUUUGCUGAAGAGCAGCUGCUAAAACAUGGAUGGACUGAAGGCAAGGGCCUGGGCCGGAACGAGAAUGGCAUCACCCAGGCCCUCAAGGUGACGCUGAAGCAAGACACCCAUGGGGUGGGACAUGACCCUGCCAAGGAGUUUACAAACCACUGGUGGAGUGAUCUCUUCAACAAGACUGCAGCCAGCCUGGUAGUGGACACAGGGAAGGACGGAGUGCAGAUCAGGCGUCUUUCCACGGAGACCACCCAGCGUAAUCACCCCAAGCCCAAUCUGCUGUACCAGAAGUUUGUGAAGACAGCCACACUGACCUCAGGUGAGGAGAAGCCUGACAGAGCGAGCAGCAGUGAUGACAGCCACAAGCCUCUGCCUCCAAAGAUUCUGACUGAUGAGAUGCUACUCAAAGCCUGUAAGGGGCGAACAGCACACAAGGCUGCCCGGAUUGGGAUCACAAUGAAGGCCAAACUUGCUCGCCUGGAGGCCCAAGAGCAGGCCUUCCUGGCUCGGUUCAAAGGCUCAGAGGAUGUGGGCACCUCUCAACCACAGACUGACAGGGAGCCCUCCCGAAAGAAGAAAAAAAAGAGGAAACAGAGAGAGGAGGAAGAGGCUGUAACACCUGAAAAGAACGUAGGUGAGGCACUUCUAGAAUACACUGACCAGAGUGUUAAGAAAAGCAGGAAGAAGAAACGGAGGCAGAAAGAAGAGAAAGAGGGAAUGGCUGUAGGAAGUGAGGAGGAAGAGGCUGAAGGAGAAAGUGGGCCUAGAGAGCUGAGCACAGUGCAGUCUGAUCAGUCAUCUAGGAAAAAGAAGAAAAAGAGGAGGCAGCACCAUGAAGAAGAGGGGGAGAUGGAAGUCUGUGAUAAAGGAGGCAGAAAUGUGACAGGCAGGCCAAAGGCAGGGGACAGUGGAGCAGGCAUAGACCCAUGGAGAAGCAGCAAGAAGCUGCAGCACUGUGGGGAGGACUUGGACACCCAAGAUGAAGAAGGGAAGGAUGGCCUAACAAAGAGAGAGAGAAAGGUCAGAAGAGGCAAGAAGAAAAGACAGAAGUGUCUUGAGGAGGUGGUCUUGGAUGUAAGCGAUAAAGAUGAUGAUGGCAGGACUUGGGAAGUAGAGAAUGAAGGUGAGAGAAGUCAGGCACAUCCAAAGGAGAGAGCUGGCAUCAACACUGACCAGAGAGCCAAGAAGAAGAAGAAGCCGAAGAGGGACUGGCGGUCUCCAGUGCAGCCCUGCUGAUUCCUCUUCAGGGGUAGCCUGGGUUUGCCCCUCUGCAAGCAGCUAAGGAGCACUAGUCCGCUGAGGGGGAGACAUUCCCUGAACAAUGUCCUGUCCAAAAAGUACAGACCCUGGUGCCCAGCUAAAGGAUGAUGGAAGAAAAAUUAGGAUAGGAGUUUCUAUUUGAAGAAGUGUCUCUGGUAAAAGUCUAAAAAUGUAGACGUAUGUGAAAAGACUGUUUUGUUUUUUUGAAACAGGAUUUCUUUAAUAUAGCUCAUGCUUUCCUAGCACUCAGAGAUCCACCUGCCUCUACCUCGGCCUGUACCAAUAUACCCUGCAGAAUGUCUUCAUUUGUAAAUACUGUGAAGAUUAAGAAAAACAUACAUUUGGAUGUAUGAGCUGGGUUAGCCUUCCAGACUGCCUGUUUCUAAUCAUGAUUAAAUGAGGUCAUUCCCAGUUAAUAUCAUCAUUUCCGGCAUGUGACGUUCUGAAAACAAAUUAGACAGCCCUUGGAGACUUUUGAAGAAGCUCUGUUACCUUCUUGGGGUCUCGCUACAAUGCUAAGCUGAGUUUGUUUAGAGGUAUCAUCUACCUCCCUGCGUAUCACAAACAAGAAUCUUUCAUUCCUGGGUAUGGAGUUAUUUUCCAUUGCUUACAGACGCCUGGUCUGUUUUCGCAAACGAAGCGUAGCCUGCUGAUAAUUAUUAAUGCCAGAAGACUCCGGUUU